UUAGGAGAACAGAAGACUUGGAUCUUAGUGGACAGAAUUUUCUUAAUGUAUAAAAUGUUGGCUGGCUACAAGGAGGCAAUUUUAAAGAAACAAGUUAGCGUUCCCUCCUUACCACUCCCCCUUUAUUUGCAGUAUCCAUUAUUUGGUUGUAAGAAGUCAUUCAUCUGAGCAGACUGACAGACUGCUCCUUCAGUGCAGAACAUGGGAUAUUAGGUGUUGUUCGUAGAUGGGGCAGAGUGGGGCUAGUGAAAGAGCAGGGAAAGGUUAACUAUAUAGUCAUGUCCAAGUAAAAUGAAGAAAUUAAUAUUAAAUGAAUAAAAUGAAUGUUAGGUGAGACAAAAGCAUAAGGGGAAAAUGAUAUCAAUCUAUCAAUAAGUCCGAAUAAGUAUUUGUGAUAUUCAGCAACAAUUCCAGAGUUCAUGAAACAAGACCAUCAGGAGAAUGCUGUUCAUUCAUUCAUUCAUUCACCAUCAUCCACCUAGAGACUUCAAUUUCCCAGGCACUUGCAGUUGGUAAUUACUCACUGGGAACCUUGAAUUAAUCUCUUAGAAUAUUCCUCACACGGUACCUUGUGUUAGUUAUCUUUACUCCAUCGGAGCCUGACCAACACUUGGCAUAUUAGAUGUUAAAUAAAUGUACGUUGAAUGAAUAAAGGAAGGGACCACUGAUCUUUCUUAGCUAUUCAUUAACGAAGGGAGCUACCCCUUUAAAAUUGUGUAUAAAUUAGCAUUUUUUUUUUAGGGAAGGAAAGACUCGUUGCCCUCAGUUUUUCCUGUAUCCAGUGAAUACUCAGGAUGGCAUUUCCUUCAUCUGCUUACUAACAGGGCAGUGGUCUUUAUAAUUUAAUGAAUUCAAUAUAUUAUGUGCAUAUUUCAUAAUAGAAAAGUAUUAGCGACCAACUCUGCAAUCUGAUGCACUUCUUUGUCCUUUCAAUAAAAGACAUGUCGUAAAUAUUUUUUGCUAUUUCAGUUUUAUGUUGCUGUAUGAGCCUUUAUUGGUGAAGAUACUGACGGGCAGACCUCAGAGAUAUUGCAUGUUCAGUUCCAGACCAUCGCAAUAAACAGGAGUCUAAUAUGGAUUCAGAACUCAAGGAUGUUUACAACAGGACACUUGCCGCAGAGAACAAUACUGCUGGCACUCGGAAUUCGGAUUUCCCAGUCUGGGACGACUAUAAAAGCAGUGUCGAUGACUUGCAGUAUUUUCUGAUCGGACUCUAUACAUUUGUAAGUCUUCUUGGUUUUCUGGGGAAUCUACUUAUUUUAAUGGCCCUCAUCAGAAAGCGAAAUCAGAAGACGACAGUCAACUUCCUCAUAGGGAAUCUGGCCUUCUCCGACAUCCUGGUUGUGCUGUUCUGCUCACCCUUCACGCUGACCUCUGUCUUGCUGGAUCAGUGGAUGUUUGGCAAAGUCAUGUGUCACAUUAUGCCUUUCCUGCAGUGUGUGACGGUUCUGGUCUCAACAUUAAUUUUAAUAUCAAUUGCCAUUGUCAGGUAUCAUAUGAUAAAGCAUCCUGUGUCUAAUCAUCUGACAGCCAACCAUGGCUAUUUCCUGAUAGCCACCGUCUGGACGCUAGGUUUUGCGAUUUGUUCCCCCCUCCCAGUGUUUCACAGCCUCGUGGAACUUCAGGAGACGUUUGGCACCGCCUUGCUGAGCAGCCGGUACUUAUGCGUGGAGUCCUGGCCGUCGGAUUCCUACCGAAUUGCUUUCACUAUCUCUUUAUUGCUGGUGCAGUAUAUCCUGCCCCUAGUUUGUCUGACUGUAAGCCAUACCAGUGUCUGCCGGAGCAUCAGCUGUGGACUGGCCCACAAAGAAAACAAGCUAGAAGAAAAUGAGAUGAUCAACUUAACUCUUCACCCCUCCAAAAAGAGCGGGGCUCAGGUGAAGCUGUCCAGCAGCCGCAAGUGGAGCUAUUCGUUCAUCAGAAAACACAGGAGGAGAUACAGCAAGAGGAAAGCGUGCGUGCGCCCGGCUCCGGCAAGACCUCCCCAGGAGAACCGGCCCCGGGCGUUUCCAGAACGCCCCGGCUCCGCGAAAAGUCAGCUGCCUUCAUCCAGUAAGUUCAUGCCGGGGGUCCCCACCUGCUUCGAGGUGAAACCCGAAGAAAACUCGGAUGUUCCUGAGAUGAGAGUCACCCGUUCUAUCAUGAGGAUAAAAAAGCGAUCUCGGAGUGUCUUCUACAGACUGACCGUCCUGAUUUUAGUGUUUGCCGUUAGCUGGAUGCCGCUGCACCUUUUCCACGUGGUGACUGACUUCAACGACAACUUGAUUUCAAACAGGCACUUCAAGCUGGUGUACUGUAUCUGUCACUUGUUAGGCAUGAUGUCCUGCUGUCUCAAUCCAAUUCUAUACGGAUUUCUUAAUAAUGGGGUCAAAGCUGAUUUGAUGUCCCUUAUACACUGUCUUCAUAUGUCGUGAAUCUCUGUGUUUACUGAGGGAAGAACAAACAUUGGGAUCAUCUCAAAUAUGUUCACAAUGACUAUAUAUGGGUAGUAAACAAACUUUGUUAAACACAUGGAAUUUUGUUUAUGUAUAAAAUCUCUGGGUUUGAAUGUCAGUUCAUAAUAUAGGGAAGAUAAUUUUAAUACGUUAUAAUCCGAUGCAUUCAUUUAGUUGCAUAAAGUCAUUGUCAAUCCAAUCGGUAAUUCCAUUAAAAAAAGUAGUUAUAUUACUUUUUAUUUCAGCUUGUCUUGUGAACAAAUGAAUUGUAUGUUCUUGCUUAAAAUAAAAGUUAGCUCUAACCA